UUUUAAGGGCAAUAUAAAUCGCAAGCAAACCGGAACCUUCAAAUCUCGCGCCGCACCCACUCACUCGCUCCCGCACUCACCCCCUGACUCGCUCGCUCCACUCAGUCCCGCAGACAAGAUCCUCCCCCCCAUUCGAUUCUCCUCCUGUUGAGCUUAGAUACGCCGUAAAGUUCCCGACUUUCCAAUGGAUUCCGCUACCCUUUGACGGACACAGAUCCCGUUCGCUUCCGCCCUCCGGUUCUCGCCUCCGUACUGCGCGGCUGGUCGGUUUCGGUUGGUGGGUAUCGCGGGAAGUUGGAGGGAUCCGAGCCAUGAGAGCGAGGCUGGUCGUGUUCCCGGUCCGAGGCAGGAACUGGUGCUUCGGCAGGUCGCUCGAUCGGUCAGCACUCGACCCGGCCUCCUCGCGGACCCCGUCCACCCUCCGGGGGCUCUACGACAAGAUGUCCUCCUCCGGUGGGAGCGCGUACAACCUCGAGCUGUGCAUCGAUUUCGUCUCCGACAAGAUGAAUAGAGCUUGGGUGGGUUUGGAGACGGCGCCCGAGGGGUCUAUCAAGAGUAAAAUGCACGGGUUAGGAUUGAAGCUAUUGGCACGGGUGAAGCCCUCGGAAAUGUUCCUUAAAUCCAUUUCGAAGGAGGUUUCUUCCCUUGAAGUCAUCUACCCUUCAAGUUUAAACUCACGCCUUGUGCGCAGAAGGUUGCGACAUAUUGCUAAGCGGGGAUCCAUUAUCCACAAAAAGUACUUCUAUGGCUCUGCUGCUUUGCUGCCUCUAACAACUGCUCUUUCUGUCUUACCUCUGCCUAACAUCCCUUUCUUUUGGCUUCUGUUUCGCACUUAUUCUCAUUGGCGAGCUCUCCAGGGAAGUGAGAAACUCCUAGAACUAGUGUCGAAUUCGUCGGUUGCUCAGACUUUGCCUUCCACAAGUACCGUUGGUAAAGACCAGGAGGGCUAUGAGUCCAAGGAUGGAGCCCACAAUGCUGUAGGAUCUCUAUGGGUGUUGCUGCCAUCCGAGCAACUCGAAGAAUUAACGAGCUGUGGCAAAGAGCAGGAUGGCCUGGCCAAAGCCGUGAUCACAAGCAUCUGCGAAACUUACAAGUUGAACACAAACGAUGUGUUGAAGUACAGAGAUUCAAUGUAAACUGAUUCCUGUUUCACUUUUGAACCUGGUCUCCCUGAAUGGAGAAGAAUGGGAAAAAGAAGAAAGCAUUCUCAUUGUUCAAAGGUUGUUCAGCUAGAUUAGCACUGUAUUCCUUUCCCGUGUAACUCAUAUUGCUAAUUUCCGCGUCUCGGGGCCUGCUUCUUUGUGUCA